AUGGGAAGACAUGGAGUGGGUGUGAUCACCGACAACGGGGAGAGACUAGUCAACUUCUGCCAACAAAACGACUUGUUCAUAGGAAGGACCCUGUUCGCGCAAAAGGAGAUCCACAAAUUUACAUGGACAUCACCAGACGACAGGACCCAGAACCAGGUCGACCACAUUAUCAUCAACAGUCGGUGGAGGCUAUCUCUGCAGGACGUGCGUGUGAUGCGACAUGCAGACAUCGGCAGCGACCAUAGUCUUCUUGGGGCCAAGGUGCCUUUGAAGCUCAGGAAAGCCAAGACGGGAGACAUCAAGAACCAACACUACGAUGUGGUUACGUUGAAAGACCCAAAAGUGAAAGAAGCGCAAAAAGAAGACAGAUCAAAAAACAAACUGUUGGACACCAAAUCCCUAAGACUUAAGGAAAUAAUUUCAAAGGAAUAUAGUAAGAAAGACAAGGUGGUGAAGACAUCAGCCAGAAGAGACAAGAGGAGGUACAUAGAUAGGCUGGUAGAGGAGGCGGAGACAGCAGCCGAGCACAAUGACAUGUGGACAGUGUACCAGAACACCAGGAAGCUUAAGGGCGACUACGGCCAGCACAAUGCCCUUCCUGUGAGAGCUGAAGACGGAACGCAUGUCACUUUGGAAGAGGAGAAGUUGAAGAGAUGUGAAGAAGCGCCAACCGAAUUGAAGACCGGCACCAUCGUCAAACUGCCCAAGGAAGGAAACCUGGGGAACUGUAACAACUGGCGAGGCAUCACUUUACUGUCUCUCACCAGUAAGAUCUUCAGCUGCAUCAUCCUCCAACGCAUCUCAACAGCUGUCGACGGUAUCCUUCGCCAGGAACAGACAGGCUUCAGGAAAGGCAAGUCCUGCAUCGACUACAUCUUUGUCCUGAGGCAGAUCCUUGAACAGUCCCAUGAAUGGAAUGGAUCCCUCUACGUGGUUUUUGUGGACUUUGAAAAGGCCUUCGACAGCCUACACCGAGACUCUCUCUGGAAGAUUCUGCGACAUUAUGGCAUCCCUAAGAAAAUUGUCAACGUCAUCAGGUCUCUGUACGAAAACUUUGAGCGCAGAGUCGUCCACAACAACCAGGUCACUGAACCAUUCAAGGUGGAAACUGGAGUGAAGCAAGGAUGUAUCCUCUCGCCGCUCUUCUUUUCAAUGGCAAUUGACCGGAUCAUUCGCCGCACCACAGAGGGAAGGAGGCAAGGAAUACAGUGGACGCUGACAUCGCUGCUAGAUGACCUGGACUUCGCCGACGAUAUCGGUCUACUUGCUAGCAGGAACCAGGACAUCAACAGCAGAAGACAUAACAGUUGGCACUGUCAGCAAGCACCAUAG